UUCCGGUUUGCGCUCCAGAGGCAAAGUAAGAACAGCUGGAGCUCCGGCGACGGACUUGGUAUUCAAACGUUGCCCGGCUUCCACACGCAGCUCCACGAGCUACUGCACACCGGACUAAACACUUCCACGGCCACAGCAUGCCGGGGCUGCUGCUCGGAGACGUGUUUCCUGAUUUCGAGGCAGAGACCACCACUGGCACAAUUAAACUCCACGAAUUUCUUGGUGAUUCAUGGGGAAUCCUGUUCUCCCACCCCAGAGACUACACUCCUGUGUGCACCACAGAGCUGGGCCGAGCUGCCAGACUCAGCUGUGAGUUCAGUAAACGCAACGUUAAAUUGAUCGCCCUAUCAGUGGACUUCCUGGAGGAUCACCACGGCUGGGCCAAGGACAUCGUGGCCUACAACUGUGAGGAGUCUGCCUGCUGCUCGCUGCCCUUUCCCAUCAUAGCGGACAGCAAUCGGGAGCUGGCAGUCGCCCUGGGCAUGCUGGACCCAGAUGAGAAGGACAAAGAUGGCAUGCCCCUUACUGCCCGCUGUGUGUUUAUUAUUGGUCCUGACAAGAAGUUAAAGCUGUCCCUGCUUUACCCAGCCACCACAGGACGCAAUUUUGAUGAGAUCUUGAGAGUGGUGGACUCGCUCCAGCUCACAGCAGGGAAGCGAGUAGCCACACCUGCCGACUGGAAGCCUGGAAACUGCGUGAUGGUUCCCCCGAGUAUGUCUGAAGAAGAGGCCGCCUCUUUGUUCCCAGCUGGCGUCUACACCAAAGACCUCCCCUCUGGCAAGAAGUACCUGCGCUACACACCCCAGCCAUAAGCACAGGCAGAAAGGAUGCUGAUAUUCAACGCUUGCAUCUGUUACGUGGACUGCAUUGUCCAUUGCAUGGACAGCUACUCUCACCUGGUUGAUAGACAUCCCAGCUGUGAAUCAGUCCCAGUCAACGUGGAUGGAAUGAAUACCAGUGCCUUAUGAUAUAGGAUUGUUCUAACUGAGACAAGCUACCUACUUUUCUAAGAAGACAGAUGGAAAGGAGCUGUCAUGGGGAAAUAGAUUACUAUUUGAAUAAAAGUUUUUUUGUUUUUUUUAAAUCUACCGUGUGGCAGAAUAAGUCUCUCUUUUUUUUUUUUUUAGCAGAAAUACUGUUGGCAUGACAUUUUCAUUUACAGGAUCAAAAGUAAGAUGUUUAUGAUGCUAUUUAAGCCAUAAGCUGUAUAUCAUAAAUACAUAUAGGAAUAUGACCUCACAAAUAGGUUUAUUAAUAUCCAUACCCAUAAGCUACUCCCGUAUUGAUGCCUGGAUGUUGUCAUACCAUCUGAGGAGUUUUGCACUAAAUCAAGAGCUAGCUAGUUUGGUUAGCAAGGUUCAUCUAUAAUCAGCUGUGAUAUUAAUAAGAGAAAAUGCACAGCUGACUCUUUAGAAGGUCUCCACAACCCUGUACAUAAAAGAUGGACGUAGCCAACAUGACACCACUGGUUUCUGUUGUCCUCAUUUUCCAGCUUGGUGUUAGUUUAGCAUUAGCACUUAGCUUGGUUAGAAAGUUGCAUACAUAAACUUCAGGUGUGCAACAUACAAACAUUAAUAGCUCUGCUUAGUGUUAAGUAACUGUUACUGCUGUAACAAAUGACCGUUACAGACAUGAAAAAUGAUGAAAUAAAUGAAUACAAUAUCACAAAAAAUAGAAAGAUUUGAAAAAUGUUUCAAAGGGGAGUUCAAUUACAAGCUGAAGCAGAUGUUAGAGAAAGCAUUCAUCUGCAUGCCUAGUAAGGGGUGGUCAGGAUCCAUUCAUCAUCCACUGUUAUCUUGGUGACCUCUUUCUCAGAUGAUGGAGGGAUCCAAACAGUGUGCUGAUUCAAACUAGACUCAAAAUAGCAACAGCAAUGACGAAUUCCCUUGGCCAGUAAUAUGGAUGCAUUCCAGCAGCUGGCAGUUUAAUAUUCAGGCUGCAGAAACAUUUCUUUGCAGUCUGGGAUUACACCACCACAAAUACAAAAAGAUUUCUCAUUACUGCUCAGAUUAACAUCCACGCCUGCUGAAUAGUUCUGAAGCCAGGUACAUUCACUCUAUGGUCUGGAAAAUGUGAGUGUGGCGACAUCUCACUGCAACGCUCCAUGAAACACAUCAGUCAACACUCAUGUGUUCCCUCAGAGCCUUAAUCAGUUCACCAAGCUCAUCCAUCCAUGUAAUCUAGGGUUGAGGGGAGGCUGAAAACAAAUUUCUUGGGUGGUCUGUACCACACAACGGGCCAUACUGCAAUACUGAAAGGGCCGGUUCAGUGAUUCAUAUUAUCUGAGGUCUCUUCAUAGAGACUAAAACUGAUAUCAGGCAGUAAACAUCCCUUUUAAUGCUGUAAAAUGUGGCAUUUCAACAAGUGUCUAUGGGACUGAGCUGCUUGCGGCGCCAGACUCAACUGGCCAAUCCAGGACCUGCAGGUUUAAAUCUACUGUAUACAUCUGUGGACCUUUUAGGUUUUUGAGGUGAUACUUUGAGAAGAGGCGCAACUUGUAACAAAAUUUAAGUUAUAUAAUUCCCCACUCUUCUCUUUACAGCUGUCAAGUUGAGCAUGACAAGCUUAAAUCAGUAAACACGAUUAAAUUUGGCAAUAAUGUUUACAGUGUGUAAUACUGGUCUAAUAUUAAACUGCUGACAGUGAUGAUGCAAAACUUUUGCAAGGACAAAUUAACCGAUUUCACUGGAUUUGUUACCUUGACCAAGUUUUUUUGGUCAUACAACAUGUUUUUGGUAGCAAAAACAUGUUGUAUCAUGUUUUUGGUAGCAUUUCUGUGCAUGCGUGUCAUUCUGUGUGUAAACAUGAUAGCUCGUAAAGUUUUUAAUGAAUUUGAAUGAAUGCAAACUUUGUAGUGGUGUAGAGUCGGGUAAUGUUAACAAUCUUAUAUCCACCAAGGUCUUUAAGGUCAAUUUAAUGAUUUAUUUGCCAAAAAUUGACAAAAAGCCUCAUAAGUUAGAAACUAUAAUUCUUACAAGUAUGGUGUGUAUUGUUAACAUAUAGAAAGUACCUUAUAUAAAGAUUUAAAAUAUCAUGUUACAUUUGACCUCUAACCUCCUUCAAGGUCAAUAGAUUCAUCUCAAGGUCACCGUGAUAAUAAAGCUUUUGAAAACAUUGUUUCUUACUGCCAUUGUUUGUAUUGACAACAUAAAAGAAUAUAGGGAAUGAUGUAUGUAUAUACAAAAUUGUAUGUAUAUGCUACUGCCUACAUCCAUACUGCCCAAAGAGUGAGCUGAGGUUUGCUUCUUGUUGGAUCUGUAAUGACAUCACGGUGUGAGCGGUGGUAGGAUGGAGCUACUAGGCUGGCGUUCCAGCUCUAACGCCUUCACCCUAAGAUGCAUCGCUUCCACUUCCAGCUCCCAAUUUCUCAGCUCCACUUCCUUAAUGCGGAGCAUCAGCUGGAGUUCCUCAGCUGACAUCCCCCACCGCAGGACUGGGAGGAGCUAUAGAAGUGGUUAGAGGAGAACUAGUGGAAGAAGUAGGUACAGGACCUAGUGGCUCCACAUCAGCUAUGCCUGCCCCAUUCACAACUGCCACAUCCGCCAACAGUCCCCUCUCACCCAAUGCCUCAGCUACAAGCCGCCGCAGUUCUUCCUGCCUCACAACCAGUGGUGUUUGCACAUUAAAAAGGUUGGCAAUAAGCAUCAAAUCUAUCUUCUUGCACUUACAACUGCAAAAGCCUUGCCAUUUGCGUUUACAUAUACAGGUAUAUAUAUACAUAUAUAUAUAUAUGUAUAUGUAUCCAGGAUCUCCUCUGUGACUUUGUUAACUUUGGCUAGCACUGUCCCUGGCCUCCUCUGUAUCCUAAGUUAGUUUUGUUUGAAGUGUUAACUCAGCUGUGUGGGAUUUGGCGUUCCCUCCUCACAGGGUUGACAGCAUCAGCUAAGAGCUUAUCAACUUUUAUCUGGGGGAACGAUGGCAACAGGCUUCCCCUCUGUGAGCAGCAGACAGGAGAAUUUAAGGACAAGGGAGGUGUUAAAAA